AUGGCCGCGAUGACAGGAACUCUUUUGAAAUUCUGACUUCAUUAAGUUCAUAGAGAGUUUGGCGGAUUGUGUGCUGUUUGACGAUUCUGAACUCAUCAAAAUUGGACAAAUAUAGGUAUUUGACUGCAACGAAUAGCAACAGCAUGUUAGCUUUUAUUGCCAUUGAAUAUUUGAUGGCCAGAGCCGUUGAGCAGCAGAAGACGGACAAUUUGAUUGACUGGGAGGAGACGCCCAUAUCAGGACCAAACUUGGCGUUCCAUGCAGGAUGUGUUAUUGGUAAUAAUUUUUACAUUCAUGGUGGAGCUGAAACCAAAGAUGGGAAGACUCCCUCCAACAAACUUUACCUGCUGAGUAGUUCUGGGGGGUCAUGGACCGAGCAGUCUCACCCAGGUAGUCCCUCCCUCAGCCACCAUACAGCUGUAGCUCUUAGUGAUCGAUACAUUAUUCUGAUUGGUGGGUGGAAUGGGAAGGCAAGAUCUUCGAAAGUUUAUGCUUUUGAUACAGAGAAACGGUUAUGGACAGAGCCCACAGUGGCAGGUUUUCCAGAGGAUGGGGGGCUGAGUUCUCACACUGCCACCCCUCUCAGUUCUGGGGAGAUCCUGAUUUUGGGUCGAGAAGGAAGUCUUCGGAUGCAGCGUCGUCACGGCAGUGGGUAUUUAUUGUCGGGAAGCGUAGAAUCUGGGAAGUUUACAUACAGGGAAUACACACAAGAAACAGCAUCUAGGUCUGGACACACUAGCAAUAUAAUCGGAAAUGUGCUUUAUGUCGUAGGAGGAAGGGACAAUAACCUUGUUGAAAUGCACCAAGGAUUCAAAUCACCAAAAUCGCCACUGCCAGUGACUAAUCCAAUAACAACAGCUGUGGAAAAACUCUCUCCAUUGUCCAAAACACCCAGUGGGAGGAAAAAUCACAUCACCAUUGAAUCCUCAGGGGCAAUCUUUAUUCAUGGAGGGGAAACUUUUGAUGGGAGAAGCAGAGAACCUGUGGGGGAGAUGUUCAUAUUUUCUAGGAAACCCAGUCCUACUUUUUACAGAGUAGGCGUGUCAGAGGUCAAAAGGGCAGGGCAUGUGUGUGGUGUUGUAGAGGACAAAAUUAUUCUUCACGGUGGAUUUGGGGGCAAAAACCACGUGUAUGGAGACACCUUCUAUCUAAAAUUUAAAGUGUAAUUAUUGUAUCAUUAAAUUUUUGAACUAUCAGUAUAUUUAAACUAACUAUGAAGUAAUAAACUGAAUAAUCAUAAAUAAAAUAUUUACCGGUAACAGAAAUAAAAAUUAAUGCACACGUUUACACAUGCUUGUACACCUGGUUAUUUUGAUUAAAGCAAAACAGAAACUCAUUAUGAAGUGACAUAUUUAUUCAUUCAUUCAUUACUUUAUCACAACUGAAUUCAACUGAAUGAUAAUUCAACAAAUACAUAUAACCACAACUAUAUCCCCUAUAAAGUGCAUAGUCCAUGGAAAGUCACAUCAAAAAUCAUUCCAUAGGGAUAUCCCUAUUUCAGAAAAUUCUGUAGAAGAAAUCAACCAAUCACAAAAGUUAUUUGGCAGAAUACCCUCUCGGCAGAUUUAACGUUAUACUCUGUUGUAUUUUGUAACAGAAUGGCAGAACCGUCAUACCCACUGAAUAUUUUGUUUUCACAAAAUGUUGUGGGACCACAGCUGCCUGAGGUAUUAAGUGCACAUAUGACAAAAAACAUCUUACUAUAAAAAUUGAUUAUCAACAAAUUCAAAAUGAAUAAAUAUACAUUUUAUAUGAUAUGGGUUUGCUUCAAAAUUUACCACAAAUAUUUGUCACCUGGAAAGAUGUGAACUGGACAUUUAAUUCUAUACAUUAACAGAGCUUGUCUAAUACAUGUACUACAAUUUUUGUUCCUUUCAUUGAAAAGACAGGCCUUGUAUAUUUCUUUCUACAAACACUUAUUUUCUAUU